GCAGGACCUUACAGGCAAAACAAGCAUCUGCAUCACAGGCUUGUGAGAGACACAACUUUUAAUCCAGACGCACUUUCCAUUAUGUAGCUUUGGCUUUCGGACUUAAGAAAAGUGAAACAACACAGAGAUAAAAUAUGAGCAAAUUACUACCAUUACUGUUAUAUUUCAUUUUUCUGCACUUUUCCUGUCAAGUUAAAGGACUUCCUGGAAGAAGAGAUAUUGUAUCUCAAUGGAAGCUUCCUGGGGAUGAAACAACAAAUGUUACCAAUAUAAUUAGGAGCUUAAGAGGAAAACAAAUAAACGACUCAGACAGGAUUUACCUGGAUGAUGAGCACGAUGUCAGAGCUGCUAACUACCUAAACAGCAGCCUAAGUUCUCGGCUCAUUCCGACUGCCUACUUAGUGACGAUACUCAUUGGUGUCCCAUCCAACGUCAUCAUUAUGAAAAUGCUCUGCAGCAAAAUCAAGACCUUCUCCAGUGCCAUCCUUUACAUGAGCCUUGCCGUAUCGGACCUCUUGACUCUACUUACUCUGACGCUUAAGGUUCAUUACUACUAUAACGGCAGUAAUUGGAUAUUUGGGGAAACUUUGUGCAGGGUAGUGACAGCCAGCUUCUAUGGAAACAUCUACUGUUCUAUCUACAUGCACAUGUGCCUCAGUUUCAGGCGCUACAUGGCUGUGGCUCAUCCUUUCAUGUACAAGAACCUGCCCAGGUUCUGGUGCAGUAUGUGGAUCACCUUGAUUGCGUGUGCUGUACUCCUCAUCGCCAUGGUACCAGAACUACUUGUCCGACAGAGUUACAACAUCCAUCAGUUAAACGCUACCACAUGCCAUGAUAUCAUUCCAACAAAUAUGGAAUACUACAAUUUCCUGCUCUACUACAAACUUGGUCUUACAUGUUGGGGGUUUUUUAUACCCUUCAUGGUCACAAUCUUUUCCUAUGUGUCUAUAAUCAGAAAGCUGAACAAAUCUCACUUUGACUGGAUGUCCUACAUUAUGAUCAGCUCCUUGGUGUUUGCCAUUUUUCUCAUCUGUUUUACACCCAGCAAUGUCUUCCACUUCGUUCAUUACAUAAACCUGCGUAUUGGCAAUGAGGACUCCUUCUAUAUCUAUUACAGCACAAUGCUCUGUUUGUGCAGCCUACACUGCUCUUUGGAUCCUUUCCUCUUCUUCCUCAUGGCUAGAACAACAGGAUCAGGAAUUGUCCUCAUUACCCAUAAAGAAAAGGAUGUACAAUUGAAGGACAGUGUUUCAUUCUAAAAUAAGCCUUAUGAACUUUGACAUUCCAUUGCUUGAAAUGCUAUAGCAGAAAUGUUUCUUGAAUCAGUGGGGCUAAGAGAUUUAUCAGUGUGGUUUUGCUGGGAACAAAUCGGGACACUAUGCACCAGGUAUACUCGGGGAAAAAAAACUGCUGUCUACUGUACAGUCCUAAAAUGAAUUCUGUUUUAAUGAAUUCUGUUUUCUUUAAGUAACAUGUGAUAUAUCAGUAGUAUCAGUGGAUUCAUUGCAUACAAUCAGCUUCAGGAUUCAUCUGGAGGUUGUGCAAACCUAAGUCAGGCUGAUACACGUCGGAAAUAUUUCUCUGAUUCAGCCAGGGAGUCUCUUGCUGACACUCCUCUUUGGGCAAGUAGCUGUGGGUUACUUGCAGACUGCUGAAGCAGCUUUAAAUCACAGUAGGAUUAAGCUUAGCCCAAUGUGGAAUCAGAAUAUCAGCAUGUUGUUUUAGCUGUAUUUUACCAUAAAUAUUUGUUUUUGUAUUCCUUUAACAGAGUUAUAUGUAGUGUAUACUAAUUUUAUUAAAUAAAUACUGUAUAAAAGUUAAUAAAUGUGAAGUUUAUGCAAAAACG